GGAACUAUGGAGUCCAAAGGACGCAGGCGAGGUACCCUCUACCCUCAAAGACAGGGAAAUGGAGCUACCCUUUUGCCCCAAGGGGCUGCUGCCCCACCAUUGCUUCCUGCAAAGGAUGAGACAGCUGGGAUACGUGAAGACUUCUCUUACAGAGCUUUCCUGAGCAGGAAAAAGGCCAUACAUGACUUCCGGGUGAGGUGGCCAGAACUACUCCUGGACCAGAAGAAAAAGGAGGACCUUCCCCUAAUUGACCAGUGCUCCUCUGAGUUGUGCCGCGUUGCCAGCACCUGCUCCUCGAUGGUCAGCAUCACCAACACAGACGUGGAAAGCACUCCCAGUGAGCUCCAGGAUUCUAAAGAAGGAUUUGCUGUGGACUCCCAAACCCCUCCUUUACAGUCUUCACAAAUGGUCAUUCUCAACACCUAUCUGAAGCCAGAGACUCUGACAAAGCUGGAGAAGAAGGUAAGGAAGAAGACUGUGGCGGCCAUGACUGAGCUGGAGGAGGAGAUGGAAGCGGUUAAGAGACGACGGUCGGUCCUCGUAAACGACAUCAAGGCCAUGCAGAAGGAAAUCCUAUGUGAGAAAGCAGACAGCAAGCCCUUCCUUGAGUACCUGCAGCAGAAGAAUGAGGAGAAACAGAGGAAGUAUGACUCUCUGUGGGAAGACUACAUUCGGCAGUGUGAGGAGAUCAAGGACAGGAGGCGAGAGCUGGUCUCUACCUUCACCUCACGCACGGCAGACCUCCAGAGGCAGCUGAUGCAGGGCAAGAGGCUCGAGGCCAGCUUGAAGAAGAAGCUGAAGGCCCUGGAGCCCACGGCGCAGGUUAGGGAGAGGCAGCGGCAAACGAUCCAGGCCUUGGAGUUGGAGGAGGCCAGCAUAGACCCUGACGUCUCCUUCAUGGACCGAGAGGCACACCUUCAGUUUCUGAAGGAGAAAGCCGUCUUGGAGAAGCAAAUGGAGGAUCUGAACUUUCUGGAGUCUGGAGAGAAAAUCACCAGGGAGCUGAAGAAGAAGGCCAAGGCCUUGGACACCGCGGCCAAACAGGCUCACGAGGACUUCUGGGAGGGUAUUAAAGCUGAGAACAGGCAGCUGCGAACACAGCUCCAGCAGCUGGAUGAGGAAUUCUGCAAGCUGGAGGCCAGGAGGGAGAACCUGGAACGGCGAAAACAGCGGUGGAAAGAGCAGCAGUGGUACCUGGAGGCUGUGACCCGGGGGAGGGAACGCCUGCAGCGGCGGGAGCACCGCCGGCAGCAGAAGGAGCACCCAGCACUGGGCCGUCUACUGGGCGCCAGGCCGAAAGCCAAUCCUAAGUAA